AUGGAUCUAGCGCGCCAAACUCAACGCGACGAAGAAUGGAGGACCUGGCCUUCUGUCAAGGCUUACAUUUCUAACCUGCCUCGAGGAGUUACCACCUAUGAUAUCCACAGAAAUUUCAGUCGUUUUGGGAAUGUCGAGUUCAUUCGGAUGGAGGAAACCCCUCAGGGGAACUUCGCGGGACAAGCGAUAAUCGUGUUCAAACCGCCACCGCCGGGAAGAGCACCCUGGGAUGAACAGUUCAUCAAUAAAUUCCACUUUCACAGUCGGCGCAACGAGGGUGAGCCGCUACCCAAGAUCAAGGUCCGAUAUGAACCCCGGUCGCCGAACCGCUUCGUUGAGAGUCCUGUCCGCCGCGGCGUGAGAUAUGAUCCAGAAGUCACACUAUAUGGCAGUGCAAUCGACUUUGGCUACCUCAGUCGACCUGGACGCAUGGUUGUGAAGGCCCAGAGACAGAACAGUCGCGGUGAUGCCGUUCGAUUGAGGCUAAACUUGACCAAACUGGAGAUGGAGGUUCACUUCCCGGUCGUUAUCCACUCACGGAGCAGGGCGAUAGAACGGGCAUACCGGUUCUCUGUCGCGCUAGACGAACAGUUCUCGUUGUGUGAAGUCCACAGUAACGGAUCCACCGCGUUGGUCAUCCACCUGAAUAACACGCCCUGGUACUCCCGGCAAUUGAAGCAGGCGAUGGCAUUGAGUCACGAUGAUAACUCGUCCAAGUGGAGCUCAGACGACACAUGGUCGCGCCAGACUGACAUUGUCGACGAGAAGGAAACUUUUCAGAAGAUCAACGACACUCCGGUUUCGGUGCAGAAACUUCACAAUAGUAUCGAUAUUGCUCGCUGGACAACUUUCCGUGUUACAAUCAGACCGGAUAUCGACCGAAACCAGAAUUCGCUAGGCCAGUUUCUGACUGCUCUUGCAGACUUCAACAUUCGCGUGAGUCGGGAUUCCUCGUUUCAAGUGGUCACCGGUCCAGGAAGUCCUGCCCCGUUCUGGGACUUUGUCGACGGAACCGGCUCCCAAUCAUGGUCAGAGGAGCUUUUGCUACCGCGUCGCCUUGACUUCGAUCUGAGAUAUCAACUCGAAGUUUGUAUUUCAAAACGGUGGCUCAAUGAGUACAGCCUCACGCGCGAGUUUUUGCAGAAGUUGUCAGACAUGCCUACAAAACGGGCCAAGCAAAUGCUCAUUCACGUCGACUUACAUCAACAACGUGUCUACGACCCUAUGUCCAUCUUCACAGACCUACGUUACACGAAGCCGGUGCUCGCCCGUGCGCCUCCCGCAAAUUGUGCAGAGAUCUAUAGUGCAACAGUCACCGCCACGGGAGUUGUAUUCCACACCCCUUCAGUUGAGAUCACGAAUCGGAUUGUGCGCAGAUAUUCCAGCGUCAGCAACCAUUUCCUCAGAGUGCGGUUCGAAGACGACCCUUACCGCGGACAGACAAGACUCUGGCCGGCAACAAACGGUAAGAUGAAGCUGGUCUUCGACAGAGUUCGUCGGACCAUGAAGCACGGUAUUGUCCUUGGCGAUCGACGUUACGAAUUUCUUGCCUGGGGGAACUCACAGAUAAGGGAACACGGUGCAUACUUCUUUGCGGCCUCUCAACACCCACGCAUCACUGUCGAUGAUAUCAGGAGGGAUAUGGGCAUCUUUGAUCACGAGAAGGUGGUCGCCAAGCGAGCCGCACGAAUGGGUCAAUGCUUUGCGACAACAACACCCUUCAAGAUCCUCAACAGAGAUAGUCGCAGCAAAGACGCCGACAUACCGGACAUCAAAAAUGGCAAAUACAACUUCACUGAUGGUGUUGGGAAAAUAUCCCGUCUCACUGCCCUUCACAUCAAGAACAAACUUAAGCUCAGUGGUGAGGAGCCUCCUUCGGCAUUUCAGUUCAGAUUGGGCGGCUGUAAAGGAGUUCUCGCCCUUGAUCCCACCCUCACCAACUCCGAUGUCAAGAUCCGGCCGAGCCAACGGAAGUUCGAUAGCGAGUCAAAUGAGUUGGAGAUCAUUCGGGUCUCUGAAUUCUGGCGACCGUUCCUGAACCGUCAACUCAUCCUUGUGUUGUCGGCACUUGGCGUGCCGGAUGUGGUGUUUCUCCGAAUGCAACAAAAAUGCAUUGAAGAUCUGGAUGCCGCCAUGAGAGAUGACACCGUCGCCGUACGAGCCUUACGGGAGAACGUCGACCCUAAUCUGAUGACCCCUAAUAUCGCUGCCAUGAUCGAAGCUGGGUUCUCCCAGCUCGAUGAACCCUUUGUGGCGUCCCUAGUACGGCUCUGGAGAGCAUGGAUGCUGAAGUAUCUGAAAGAAAAGGCCAAGAUUCCCGUGUCUCAAGGUGCCUUCGUCUUGGGUGUUGUUGACGAGACUGGCACGCUUCGUGGCCACAUUAACGACCUCCAGCCUGGGCCAAAUGCUAGCCGGGAGGAAAGAGAGAAAGCUUUGCCAGAGGUUUUUAUCCAAUACACAGACCCCCAGAAGAAAGUCCGCUGUCUCUAUGAAGGUGUUUGUAUCAUUGCUCGCAACCCAUCUCUGCAUCGCGGCGACAUCCGGGUUGUCAAAGCCGUCAAUUGUCCCCCGCUACGGCACAUGUGCGAUGUGCUGGUCAUGCCCUCGGUUGGUGACCGAGACUUGCCCAGCAUGUGUUCUGGCGGUGAUCUUGAUGGGGACGAUUAUAUCGUCAUCUGGGAUCCUGAAUUGCUCCCAAAGGAGUGGAAUGCCGAACCUUUUCAUUACAACGCGCCAGAGCCCGUCAGAAAGGAAAACGUCUCGAUCGACGACAUCAUCAACUUCUUCUAUGACUACAUGCAGAAUGACUAUCUGGGAAGGAUUGCACAUGCACACCUUGCUGCUGCUCACUCUCUGCCUGAUGGCAUCGACAGCGAGCAAUGCUUGAAGCUUGUCGAGCUCCAUUCCAUGGCCGUUGACUAUCCGAAAACUGGCGUGCCUGCACUCAUGACGCGGGACCUGGAGCGAAGCCAGUGGCCCCAUUUUAUGGAGAAGAAGCGAUCCGGUGUGUUUCGCUCGAGAAAGAUUCUGGGCCGGCUGUACGACGCGGUCGGGAAAGCAAAGUUUGAGCCACACCUGUUGGGAGAUUUUGAUGGACGGAUCUUGAUACAUGCCCCACAAGAGGAAGUCAUCGGUUUUGUCCGCAGGCUCAAGGAGAGCUAUGACGAGAGCAUGCGUCGUAUCAUGGCCCAACACCAGAUUGCGUCUGAAUUCGAAGUUUGGUCUACUUUUGUGCUGCACCACAGCAAAGCCUCCAAAGACUACAAGUUCCAUGAAGAAAUUGGACAGCACGCUAAGACGCUGAAAGAUCAAUACUAUGAGGCGUUCCGGGAAGAAGCUGGCGGACACGACCUGGCAAAACUGAGACCAUAUGCCAUUGCGGCCUACCACAUCACCCAUGAAGAAUAUCAGAAAGCUAGGAAACGAGAAGAGGGCCACGGAUCAGAACACGAAGAUGGUUCUGCUCUCUCAGCCGAAUCAUCUGGCUCUGUUUUAUCUGCUUCAACCUCUGCCACCGGCGUACCUUUCAUCAGCUUCCCCUGGGUACUGCAGGAGACACUACAACAGGUUGCAAAGAAUACCGUCAUCCACGAAGAUGGUGCGCUGCAGGUGGACCUUUCACCUACCAGCGUACAAAAUGACAAAGAGGAUGGUGUGCUUGACCCUGGAAGAGCCUUAUGCAGGUGGACACACAAUGGAGACCACUUACAAGACCCCUAUGUGGCUGUUCCGGUCGAUGCCGAAGUCGGACAGGACGAAUUGGUGGCCGUACCAAACCAUGGACUACUUGACACUGCAGGAUUGGAUUCAUCGCCGUCGCCUGCGAAGCGAGCUUCUUUGAAAGAUAUUGUGCCAACAAAACCACCAAAGUCCCUCGAAGCUGGCUACGAAAAUGAUCUUUCCCCAUCCGGCACUAGGCUCGUGGUCUCGUCCAACACGCCUUCAGUGGUUUCAAGCGGCGCAAGCUCAUCUCACACAAGUCCGGACGAUGCCCAUCCUCCGUGGUCGUUUGUGGCCCGGUCACACGGGAGAUCACCAGGCAUUGCCAGUUUGUCCGGUCUGAUUCCGAGCGAGGAAGUCCAGUCAUCAAGUCCGGUGAAAUUGGCCGAUGCGCAUCAUACUCAAUCCAAGGGCAAUGAAUCGCGAGCAUUCCAAGAUCCAGGAUCGAAGGCAGAAGGCGACAUUCACGCAUUAGCGAAAGAUUCUGACGACGAUGACGAUGAUUUCACUUUCUGA